AUGCCUGAAAACCCUGCAGCAGAUAAGCAGCAGGUGCUGCAGAUCCUGGAUCGUCUGCAAGCCAAACUGCAUGAGAAAAGGGAUUCCCAACAUCAUGAAAACCUGACUGUUCUAAGGAACACCCUCAGGAGCCCCUUGUUUAACCAGAUACUGACUCUCCAGCAAUCCAUCAAGCAGCUGAAGGAACAACUCAAUUAUAUGCCUCCUGACCGUUCAGUGGAGUUUGAUUUUACUAAGAGGGGGCUGCUAGUGUUUGCUGAAAAAUCAGCCACUGCUGGGAGUGUGUAUCCACCUUGCAGUCCACCUGGACACAAAGCAUCUACCUUCACUCCAAACCUGGGAGUUAAUGAAUUUAACAUGAUCAUCCAACAAAUGGCGAAGGGAAGACAAAUAGAAUCAAUAAAGAUUGAUAAACCUUCUGUUGGAGGUCUUGGAUUUAGUGUGGUUGCCCUUAAAAAUCCCACCUUGGGAGAAGUUGGUAUCUUUGUCAAAGAAGUCCAGCCAGGAAGCAUAGCUGACAGGGAUCAAAGGCUGAAGGAAAAUGACCACAUACUGGCCAUUAAUUGCACCCCAUUGGAUCAGAACAUUUCCCAUCAGCACGCCAUAGCCCUCCUCCAGCAAUCCACAGGGUCCCUGCAUCUGGUUGUGGCCAGGGAGCCAGUUCAAGGAAACAGCAGAACUUCAUCUGUCAUAUUAAGUGAUGUAAAUCCACCUGAGACUAUUCACUGGGGCCACAUUGAAGACGUUGAGCUGAUUAACGAUGGUUCGGGACUAGGCUUUGGAAUUGUAGGAGGAAAGUCGAGUGGAGUAGUUGUAAGAACAAUUGUUCCUGGAGGAUUAGCAGAUCGGGAUGGGAGGCUCAGGACAGGAGAUCACAUUUUGCAGAUUGGAGGGACCAAUGUGCAAGGAAUGACCAGCGAGCAAGUUGCCCAAGUGCUGAGAAACUGUGGGAAUUCUGUUAGGAUGAUCGUUGCAAGAGACCCAAAGUGUGAAGUCAUGGAGACUCCGCCAGCUCCUGUGAGCUGGCCAGUCAGCACAUUACCUUCCCUUCAAAAUGGAAAUGAUAAUACCAACCUUUUUGAUACCUAUGACGUUGAACUUAUAAAAAAGAAUGGGCAAAGCCUGGGGAUAACAAUUGUUGGAUAUGCUGGUACAUGUGAUGUAGCAGAACCUUCAGGGAUUUUUGUGAAAAACAUCAUACCUGGUAGUGCUGCUGACCACAAUGGCCAAAUUCAUGUUCAUGACAAAAUUGUUGCUGUUGAUGGAGUCAAUAUACAGGAUUAUACCAACCAAGAAGUGGUGGAGGCAUUGCGUAACACUGGAGAGACUGUACGUCUUACCUUACUUAGAAGGAAACCUUCAAUUUCUUCAGAAGGACAUUCAGAGAGAGUGCAGCCAACUGUUCCAACCUUUGUGUCUCCUGGAGCUGUAGGGACUGAAAUUAGUGUGGACACUAAGAAUGAGGGAAAACAAGAACAGAAGGAUAAUCUCCAGUAUGAAAAGCAGCAGAAUCUACAUAAAGCAGGAAGAGUCCCACUCCCUCCAGCACAUGAGCUGAAAUCCAAGUGGGAAAACCUGCUGGGACCAGAAUACGAAGUUAUGGUUGUGAAUGUGGAUAUGCCCAUUACAGACGAUUCAGAGCUCCAGAAGUACUCAAAG